AAAAAAAGCAGCUAUUCACCUUUUCUUCAACCCCUCGCCCUUCUAAAUGGCUUCAAAAACCUACGAAGAGUUGCAUGGAAGCAACAACUGGGAUGGUCUUCUUGAUCCCAUGAACGCAGACCUACGUACUCUAAUUCUAAGCUAUGGCGAUCUAGCAUCAGCCGCUGGACGAGCACUGAAUAACGAUGCCGACUCCAAGUACGCUGGCUACAGCCACUAUGGCAAGAGCUCCUUCUUCCAAGGAGUCAUGCUCCCUUGGGCUGAAUCUAAGUAUAACGUCACUUCUUUCAUCUACACCACCGCUCAUGUCGACUUUCCACUUCCUUUUCUCAUCCAUGGUUUGUCUCGUGAAAAUAGCGAGUUCGAAUCAAACUGGAUGGGGUAUGUAGCAGUUUCCAAUGAUGAGUACAGUAAAUCUAUCGGCCGCCGUGAAAUAUGCGUGGUGUGGCGUGGGACUGUCCGAAGUUACGAGUGGAUAAACGACAUCAAAGACGCAGGGCCAGUGCCAGCCGACCCACUGCUCCCUCCUGCAACCGGAAAGAAUCUUAUUUCUUUAAUUGGUGGAGCAAUAAACCAACCAAAAGUGAUGGAAGGAUGGCUUAUAAUUUACAACACCGGUAACCCUGAUUCUGAUUUGGUGAAAACAAGUGCUAGAACACAGCUCUUAGCACGAAUCAAGGAGUUACUGGUCAAGUAUAAAGAUGAAAAAAUCAGCAUAACGUGCAUUGGACACAGUCUUGGUGCAAGCUUAGCAACUAUAUCUGCUUUUGACCUUGCUGCGAAUGUUGCCACGCCUGAUAUCAUGGUAUCGGCGUUUGUUUAUGCUUCUCCACAAGUGGGUAACCAGGCCUUCAAAGCGAAGAUGGAGGAACUACCAAACCUGAAAGUAAUAAGCAUAAAGAAUGUUCAUGAUAUCGUCCCUAAGUGGCCAAGCAAGGUAAUGGACUGGAUUGACGACAAAACUACUUUGGUGAUUAUACCAAAAGAUGUGCUGGUGUACGUGGAUGUUGGGAUCGAGAUACUGAUUGAUACCAAAAGGUCACCAUUCUUGAAAGAGAAAGAUGGGUUGGAGAUCUUACAUGUUGCAGAUUACCAUAACUUGGAGUGUAUGCUGCAUACUCUGGCUGGUUAUGAUGGGAAGGAUAGAGAGUUUAAUUGGCAAUCGGUAGAGAAGAGGAAGGGUAUAGGUUCGGUGAACAUGUGGGGUGAUCUUCUGAAAGACAAGUACCAGAUACCUCAGUCAUGGUGGACUGAGAAGAACAAAGGAAUGGUGCUUAAUGAAAGUGGGGAUUGGGUUUUAUCACCUCUCGAUCGAGAUGAUCAUGAUCUAUCUCCUCCCACUACCACUGUAAUAUACCAAGUUUGAGGAUGAUGAACUACCAUGCACGUACGUAAACGUAUUCCGUAGGAAGUUUGAUGAUAAUAUAAAUAUUUGUGAUAAAAUAAAUGACGUCUUUGAUUUAUGAUCAAGAUGCCACUAUGAUUCUGUAAACCCAUACAAUAAGUAUGUUAAUUAUGAGGUGUAAUAAUGUUUAUUGUAUAAUUAUGGAUUGUAAUAAUGUUGAACCUUUAUAUUUCAAGUUAAUUUUCUUGUGACCAU